UUCAACGGAAGUCGCGCGCUUUUGGCCGCCGGCGAAACCAGCGAAACUGCGUGCCGCCCGCACGGAUCACACGAGCGGUGUCGGUCGGUGUCCGAAGCGUGCGAUUUUCGCCUACGCGAAUCUACCGCUGCUAGGUCCCGCGCUUGUUUACACGACGUUUUCGCGAUGACACACAACGAACAGAGAACGCAUUGGUUCAAGGAAGGAGCUAUCGGCCUUGGCGUCGGCGUCCUUUACGGGGUCACCAACGUCUGCGUCGGCCAUCCGUUCGACACGAUUAAGACGAAAAUGCAGGCUCAAGCAGGCUUCGAGAAGUGUGGCAUGUACCAGUCCUUCCGGAAAACGCUCACGACCGGUGGCGUCGUUGGGCUGUACAGGGGCUGUGUCCCGCCACUCUUGGGAUCUGGGAUCUACCGUUCUGUCCAGUUUGCUGUUUUUGAAGCAGUGUAA